UUGCUGCUACGACUGUCGGAAACGGCACGGUGGAAACACAAUCGAUAACUGUAAGACCAGGUGCCCCGUUGAAACUUAUCGAAGAAACAGCAGAUAGUUUAUUGAUGCAGCCAAGUAAGGCCAAGGUUUCGGAUGACGAGAGACAAAUAGCAGUGAAGCUUCCUUUGAAAGAUCUCCUAUGCAAUAUACGCAACGGUCAGCUGAAAAGAUGGGGUGUAGUUGUUGCCCAGGAAAGCCAAGCAACAGACACAAGUUUCACAGGAAGCACAGCGUAUUUCAACAAGAAAGUGACAGAGAAGUAUAAGAGCUGGUUUCAAGUGAAAGACAUGGAUCCUAUUCCACCUUACAUAGCUACACCAGAAAAUUGGACAGUGCAGUGUCCCACUUUUUACAGUAACCGAGGAAAACGAGCGACAGCAACGCGUGAGCACGUGUACACAGAUUUUAUUGUGGGAGAAGACGGCAAGUGUUCCGGCAUACAAAAUAACAAAUAUUGUAAUGGAGAAUUACAACCAGGACGUAGUUACAGGGUGAAAUCAUUUGUAUGCACAACCGCAGGCUGUACUGAGACAGAAUAUUCAAAUGCAAUAUCCACGGCUCCAGACCUUACAGUACCGAUGGCAGCUGGUAUAUCAUCAGCAUUAGUAGUCAUAGCCGUUGUUGGUGUCGUUGUUUUCGUUCUGAGAAGGAAACAGCUUGUUUGUUUUGCCAAAGAUGACGAAAGUCUGCGUACACAUACACCAGUCGAAGGUAUCCAUAUGGACAAAAUAGAACCCAUGAAAAUGAAUAGUUGCAGGAUUAUAUCUGAAAGACACCAAUGA